UGAGACCUCUAUUGAACGAAGACGUAGAUUGAAAAGAGAAUCUGCUGCUCGACAAAGAGCUAACCAAUCUUCAGAGCAAAAUGAACGCCGUAAAAGGCAAUAUAGAGAAUCAAAGGGUCAAAAAAUUACAUGUGACGCACCUGCUGAACUUACUCAAACAUUAACAAGAUUAGAAGCUAUUUUGAUCAGAAAUGGAUUCCGUCUUACCGAUUUUCCAAACAUGCCUUUACCGCUUCAAUUAUUUAACAAUCAUAUUCAGCAAAAUUAUUUACUCGCAAAAGAGUUGCAAUAUGAUCGUGAUUUUCUUAAA